ACAAAAAUAAUUAAAACAAACAAUCCCAUAGGAACUCUAUAUUUAAAAAAUACAUGUUAGUAUUUCACAUUCUGUCAGUUGGUGUGGGGACCAAAAACAGUUUCAUUUUGACUUAUUGGGGCCUUACGGAAAGUCCCGGAGUUUUUUCAACGAUUUACUCAAACAUGUACUUUUCAAUCACAAUGGAAUUUCUACUGCAUAGCAGUGUUUGCUAGUGUGUACCUGACAGUUGAAGUCACCAUGUCAUAUUUUGUUUGGGGAAGCAGGAGAGGAAAAAUGAAAAGCUACGAUAGAACGGCAGAGCUCUGCUUCAAGCUGGGACUUCAUUAUCCACCAGAUGCGUGCCAAGUGUAUGGGUUUAUUCAGGCGAAUAUGGUCAGUGCUCAGAAGAAUGUAAAAGCUGGGCAUUUGAAAGAGGCUACGAAUUGCUACACCAACGCCCUGCUAGGAUACGACCUCAGGCAUAAUGACCCCACAGUGGUCAGCAAGAGGCAUAAGCUGCUCUGUAAGAGGUCUUCAGCUUACCUAGGGAUGAGAAAGUUCAAGGACUCGCGACGAGAUGCAGCUCAGGCAGUAGAUCUUUGUCCAUCAGACAUAAAGGGUUACUGGCGAUUUAGUGAAGCAGUGAAAGGAGGGUAUAACGGUGUAGAAACUGCCAUGCCGUACCUGGCAAAAGGUCUGAAACUCGCCCUUGACGCAAAAGCGGUGAAGCAGAGUGAUGUUGUCAAAUUCCUCACAGAGAUCUGUACUCUUAUACCGGAGUCCUCUUUUACAGGUUGGAGAACAGAGAAAAUGAAAAGAAUAUUGAAUGAUAUGAGCAUUCCGGAUGAGAAGGACGUCCAAAUAUGGUAUAAAGUGAUCGCGAAUCUGGCUGCCGGACGUCACUGGAAAGGGCUCGGAAUGGUGUUUGGCUUUUAUAACAACUGCCCAUCCAGUCGGAUAGGCGAUCUGAACAUGGAUUGGACCGGAAGUUGUCAAUCAGUUAGUUUGGGGACCAUGCUCUGUGAUCUACAGGACAUUGCGGUAAAGUCAUGGGGAGAAGAGUUGGCCACGUAUCUGAUUAGAAAUGGGGCUUCGGUGGACGAAAUCGAACAGAAAAACGGCAUUCCGACUGUCCACUUUGUGGUCAAACUGUCAUUGAGAAUAAACUCUACACAUCUGCUGGACAUCGUUCUUGCCAGAUUGAGUGGUGACAAACAAAAUUCCCAGAACGUAGACGGCAACACGGCUCUCCACAUACUUACCAAAUUCGGCAAGGCCAACACAGACAUUGGACUGAUGGUUCUCGAGAGUUUGCUACGCUGUAAGUGCAGUGCCACAAUUGUGAACAAGGACAACAAGAAACCGAUAGACUACCUGAAGGAGGGGGAUAAGGCCUACGCUCUACUCUUCAAUGCUGAAUCAGAUGGACAAUCGGCUAUCAAUUCAGCGGUAGGGUUGACAUCUUUUCGUGUGGGAUGUGAGCAAAUCAAUCGUGGUGUUGAGGGUAACACUCCAAUUCAGGCUGCCACCCUCAUCGUCCCAGAAAAGGAAAAAAUGUUCCUCCCGAAGCACCAGUGUACGGGGGAAAACUCUUCCUCCAAUCUUGAAGAGCUAAAUGACAACUCAAGACCAGCAGAUAGUAAACUUAACACAAAAACGGUUCAAAAGGUUGUGAACACAGUUGGUGCGAAAGAGAAAAUGAGGACAAACAUUAAAGAUCGGAUCAGACUACUUCCUGAAAGCAGACAUUCAGUAUUCAAUAUCGAAUUUAGACAUUCUCCACAGAAAGGUAUAAGCGAUUGUUCAUGGGAUAGUGGAAAUGUUGGUAAAGUUAGUAUGGCUGAGGUUGGUGAAAAUGAAUUUGGAAGCGAAGCAUGGGCUUUUCAAAAUGAAUUGGGAAGCAAACCGAGUGCCUUUAACGAUGAACUGGGGAGCAUAGGUGGAGCAAGAGCUGUGAACAAAGCACGAAAAGAUGAACUCAGUGGUAGAUCUGAAAUCGAUCUUAGAAAAGUUCUCAAAGAAAAACCUAUUGCUCAAGGAAAUGUUGCUAUGUCUACCAAGGAAAGUGACCAAUCUAUUGACACAUUUGGUGAAUCGGCCGAUAAGGACAGUUUUGUUGAAAUUAGCAGUGCAUGCACUGAAGUGAUAAACAAAGGGGAUGUUCUUAAGCGUAACAUUGCUUGUGAUAAUAUCGCUAUUAAGCCAGUUGAUGCAGUGACGGAGAAAGAAGACCACAUCUUUGAUAAAGGAAAAAAUGGUGAUUUUGUCGACAAAUCAGAAGAGACAGUAAAAGAUGAUACCAAACAUGAAGAACAUGCAGGUGCGCUCAGUGAACACGAACGAACGGGAAAUGACAUAAAUGAAGAUGAUGCAGAUAUAGACAUGGAAGAAGACCAACUUGUGGUAUCUGAUGAUGACGAUGAUACUGCUGCUGCUGCUGCUGAUGAUGAUGAUGAUGGUGUGGGUCAGUUUAUCAUUGACGUUCAGGUAUUUGACAAUUUGGAAUGGGAAGUUGAGUGUACUGCGGAAGUGUGGAAGACGCUGCGAGAUCGACAUGUAACCCCAGCGCUGUAACAGCGCAUCGUUCACAAGAUCCAGCUAUUGGCUAGCGGCGACUGGCAACCGAAUCUGUGCAAGAAACUAAGAAAUGUGCCUGUCACACUUAAACUGUUUGAGGCCAAAUUUAGUAAAGCGCGGAGAAUCAUCUGGGAGCUAGCUGUGGCCUUCUCUCCAAGGCUGAAUGAGACAGCUGAGCGGCAAGAGGAGAUAACACAGACAGCAAAGGCAGGAAGAAUCUACUCUGAAAUCAUACGGGUUUGGGACAUUGUAAUGGACCAUGACAAUAUUUACAGGAGUGUCCAGCGUAUCAAGAAGUCCCACCAGAGGGGAGAGGAUUGUUUAAUACAGAAGAACCUCCGGGGAAUGAAGUCCAACACCCCAACCUUGUCCCUGGGGGCGGAAAAACGCAUCCCCAUGCUGUAUGCUGAAAAGGAAGUUUCUGAGGAAGAGGUUCAAAAACAACAUCAGGAAAUACGGAUACUUUUCCCGCCAGCCAGUUCCAACGACACAGAGUACAACAUUCUCAAGUUCUACCCUUUCACCUCCAUACUGGUCAGCAACGUGCUACAGAAUAUAGCAACCAAAGUGGAUUUCCCGUUCCGCGUGACCGACCGUGAACAUACCAUUAUCAAGAUGAAAUCGAGGGCUUCCAUAUUGCUACUAGGCAGGAGUGGCACAGGAAAGACGACUUGCUGUAUAUACCGCCUAUGGAGCCAGUUAAACGCGUACUUGAUGAAGUCACACGAGGCAAACGCACCAUUACUGCCCCGAUGUGUAGAGUUUGUACCCCCGGAAGUUGUGGAGAUACUCUCAGAGGAUGAAGAGGAGGAACCUGACAAAGAUUCCAACACAGGAGGAUGUGAGAGUGAAGGAGCUACGGCAGGAACAAGUACACCGGACCCUGGAGUUGAGCCAGAGGAACAGGAGGGGGAAGAGGGCACGCUGUAUGACCAUCUACACCAGGUCUUCAUCACAAAGAAUCCUGUCCUAUGUGAUGAGGUGCAAAAAAACUUCAACGGGCUAAGUCAUGCCACUGCCCUCAUGUUAGUGCACGUGCAGCAUAAGGAUGAGGCCCUUCCUUCCAGACUUCAGGAUGUUGCGGACAAUGGUUUCCCGAUGUUUGUGACGUCCAGACAGCUGCUCCUGAUGAUUGACGCGUCCGUGGGACCCCCGUAUUUCUUUGACAGGAAUAAGGAUGGUAGUCUGAAGGUGGAAAUACCUGGAUGGACAGACUUGGAUGGUCCCCUGAGUUUCCUGCCCCUGAUUCAUGGGGACUCGGACGCGGAGGAUGAAGCCGAGGAAUAUAUUGAAGAAGAAGAAGUGGUAGAGGAGAUUGGAGCUAGUAAAAAGAAAAUUAAGGUGGAUCCUCGCCGGGAGAUAACCUACACUGUGUUUGUGGAGGAGAUCUGGCCUUGCAUCAAGAAAAAGGCCAUCUACCAUCCGUCCCUAGUGUGGACAGAGAUCAUGUCAUUCAUCAAGGGUUCCUUUGAGGCGCUGUCCAAACCCAAUGGCUACCUUGAAAAAGAAGAGUAUUUCAAACUUGGUCGCAAACGAGCUCCAAAUUUCUCCGAAGAACGAGACUCCAUCUACUCCUGCUUUUUAAAAUACGAACACGUUAGGAAGCAGAACUCGCUAUUUGAUGAGACCGACCUGGUUCACGACACGUUUUGUCGCCUUUGUGUCUUAAAGAGGCGUCCAUGGGUUAUUCAUCAGAUAUAUGUCGACGAGACUCAGGACUUUACCCAGGCAGAACUGUGUCUGCUCAUCAGACUGUGUCAGGACCCUAACGGCAUGUUUUUUACAGGUGAUACUGCACAGAGUAUCAUGCGAGGCAUCUCAUUUCGAUUUAGUGAUCUUCGGUCGCUCUUCUUUCACGCAAAAAACUCAAUGGGCAAAAAAACUUCAGCUGUUGAGGUCCCAACGCAGGUCUACCAGCUUACCCAGAACUACCGUUCCCAUGCUGGUAUUCUCUCCCUGGCAACCAGUAUUGUAGAUUUAAUGGUUGAGUUCUUUCCCGAGUCGUUUGACCGCCUUCAGCGAGACCAGGCUUCGUUUAAAGGUCCCCAGCCUAUACUACUGGAGUCGUGCAGUUUUGGCGACCUUGCUGUUCUCCUCAGGGGGAAUCGGAGGAAGACGUCAAACAUUGAGUUUGGCGCUCAUCAGGCUAUUUUGGUGGUGAAUGAUGCAGCUAGAGACUCCAUACCGGAAGAGCUGAGACUUGGCCUUGUGUUGACCAUUGAUGAGGCCAAGGGUCUCGAAUUUGAUGAUGUACUACUGUACAACUUUUUCAAAGACUCUGAGGCAAUUAAGGAAUGGCGAGUUGUAACAGAGUACCUGGAUGGACAGCUAAGGCAGCAGACACAAACUGGAGCACGAUAUGUGUAUGACAAUCUUGUGCAGAUUGAUAAAGACAUCCUAGAAGCUCCGAACAGACCACGCCCCCUGAACUUUAACCUCAACCAACACAAGGUGCUCAACUCUGAACUGAAGCGCUUGUACACGGCGUUGACACGAGCCCGCGUGAAUGUGUGGAUAUUUGACGAGGACGAUGUUAAACGUGCGCCUAUGUUUGAGUACUUCAAAGCCCGCAAGCUGGUGACGGCACUGCAGGACGAGGAAAUUAAUAAGAAAGGACUGUCUGAGACAGUGUUUGCUGGGAAGUCUAGCCCGUCAGACUGGCUGAAGCGUGGUGAAGAUUUUAUGCGCCAUUCACUGUACACUGUAGCGGCCAAAUGUUUCGCCAUGGGCGGGGAUCAUGGUCAGGAGGCAAUAGCCCUCGCCCAUGGACAGGCACUUGAGGCAUCAAGACUGAAGGACGAACCCCGACAAAUGAGGGACAAAUUUUUAUACGCGGCAGAGCUCUACCUUGGAUGUAACAAGCCUGCGAAAGCUGCCGUCUGUCUACAGAAUGCCAAGGAACAGGAAAUGGCUGCCGAACUGUUCGAGAAACUGGGACAGUUUGAGAGGGCUGCAGAGAUCUACCGACGCAUUAAGCAGCCCCGUAACAGCAGCCGCUGUUACGAAAAGUUAGGGAAUUUCAACAAAGCCCUAGAUGUGCUCUCGGAGAAUGAAAGAUAUGACAUGGCCAUCGAUACACUGCGUCUAUAUAACAUAAACAUCGAGAAUUUAAGAAAGGAGGGCUUGCCAAUACCCCAGCAGCUGAUUGCGCCAGAGUACCACUAUACAGAGGAAAAACUCAGUCACAGGGCUGCUGAGCUGUACCAUAAGUACAAAAAUGAAGCCAUGAUGAUGGAAGCCGUGGAUAAAUUCCAGCAUUUGAACGACCGUGUGGAGUUCCUUCUUAACCGUGGAUACAUACUACAGGCUGCUAAGAUAAUGGAGGGCAAUGGCGACCUGGAUGGAGCUGCGAAGGUGUUACUGAUGCACGGUUGGUUGGAAGAGGCCAUAUUAACGGCCCGGAAAACCUUUGACAAGCACACCAUAGCCACGUGUCUGCUCGCCAAAUGCCGCCAUCUAUCCCACCAACUUAAAAAAACAGACACUGAUCAUGCUGCUAUCACCAGCUGCCUCAACACGACGGCACAGGAGGCUGCAGAUAAGUUCCAGGCUUGUGGAGACCAGGAUGGAUUGGGAUGUGUGUUGCUUCUACAGGCGGAUAUGUUCCGUGACGAUUAUUAUAUCUGCAAGGCACUCCAGGCUUUUAGGAAAACUAAACCGUUUGAAAACAUCGCUGGCAGUGUGGCCUGUUGUGACUGGCUGGUAAAUAGGCAACAGUUGACAGAUGAUGAGAAUCUGAAGACAGUAAUUAAAGGCAUUGGACAGAUGUUCAAAGUGUGCAUCGCUCUUGUAGAUCCGCACGCAUCAGUCAACCUGGAGAGAGUAAGGAGGUUUGAGCAGUUCUAUGGCUUACAUCCAUUCAGCCAGGAUAAAGUUGAGAUUCAUCUUAAAGAAAUGCCGCUGUGUUUGGGUAUGUUCAAAACUAAGGCAGAUAAAAACAAGAAAAAAAUUGAGGUUAAGAAGACUGCUGCCCAUGAACUUGUUGUAGAGUAUUUACUGAAGCAAACGACUGUAUGGCUUGAACCAUUGUGGAACAAGCUGAAUGCGAGAAGGAAACAAGUCAUGGUAUGUGAAAACUUCAGCAUGGGUAUGAAAUGCAAACAGAGUCGAAAUGUGGACAAUCCAUGCAAAAAACUGCAUAGAGUACAGACAGAAGAUGAAUUCAAACGCAUGAUUGAAGUGGAUUUGUUGCUGAUCGAGUAUGAGGCGACAGUGCAUUCCGGAGCUAUAAACUUUCGAAAGUACUGUCCAGUAAAACUGAAACCAGUUGUUGCGGAGUUCAUCGGCGAUGGUGAGCGAGAUUUCAGCUGGAAGUACCGGGCUGUGACAAAACUCUGGGAAGAUCUGAUGCCCAAGGGAGGUCACCCCACUUUGAUAGAUUCCAACAGCAAGCAGCUGCUGGACUUCAUAGUGAGGAAUGACAAGGUUCAUGGACACUUGGAGAGGUACUUUCAUGAUAGGUGGAUGAAAUCGGUCAAUGGGGACUGUAGACUGAAAUGUUUAGCGGUACGAGAGACGGAUGUGUUCUUGGUCUUCCAGAUGGGGUUCUAUAUGUUUAAGCUUGACUUUGGAGUAGAGAGACUCGAAAGGACACCCGAUGCUGAGAUGUCAAAACUCGAGAACGAAUUGGACAGAGAAAUUUCUGCGGAGAAGGGACUUGCUGAGUUCAAAGGAAACAUGAAAUCCUACUCGCUGAUGAUGGACACAGACAAGAAUGGAAGCAUAAAUGUCCAGUGCAUUGCAAGAAGAUUUGCCGAUGCCUAUAAACAUUUGAUCUUUUAUGAUCCGUAUGAGGCUGUUUUCAAGUUUGGCAAAUUUGUGAAUCUGCUUCGCGGCAAAAUAAAUUUAGAUUUCCAUGACAUUGGCCUAUACCUCAUGUGGAUGGAGUUUUAUGUCGUCCUGACAUUUCUUGUGAUUGCCAAGUUCAAUUCCAUAAAUGUUGGAAACUUUUGCUUUGUAGCUCCAAACAACUACAUCAGUCUGCUCAAAUUCAUAGGAGCCACGCUAUCCUCAAAAGCAAGCAACAAGUCGACUGUAGAAAUUGUACAUUCUUGGAAGCCUAGCUACUCCCAAAAAAAUGAUGGCCGUAUGCAGGAGAGGCUGAAGUGUAUAGCAUUUGCAGUUGCUGGAGUUUGCUUCGGCAAGUUUGAAAUGAUGAGGAUGCUUGUUGAGAGAUGUCAAGGAGAGCCGACAUUGUAUGCAUGUAUAGAGAGACUUCUGAUACUGGCCAUGACCUUGGUAUGCAACAUCGAUAAAACCGUGCUAAUUGAGAAUGAAAGCAGCCUCAUGGGGAUGAUGUGCCAUGCAAAUUUACCUGCUGAUGCCCCUGAAAGAUUGCAUAGGAGUGUGAGAGGCCUGCAAGAAUGCAAUGGCAUUUCUGAUGUUGCAGAUGUACUGAUAAACCUUUUGGAAGUCCGGCAGAGAGGAGAAGAGGUCCUUUUUUGUUCAUGGAAGGGCGACAUGAAGAAAGACCCUCUGGAGACGGUUCCUGUAGCUGCCUCAAUCGACCUAGGAGACCUGUUCAGAUCCUCUUUCUUCAAGACAGAGGACACUUUCAAUGCAAUGCAGCUGCUAAAUCAGGCUGAGCAGCAAGUCCAGGAAACUAUGGAGGGAAUGCCCGAGGCUGAGGAGCAACAGACGGAGGAAGAAUUGAGGAGAGGUCGGCAAGAAAAACAAGAUCAGGCACAAAGAGAGCGUGAAAUCUGGGCUGCUACAGCUAUCGCUAGGUGGUACCGUAAUAUUAAGGAUGCAAGCAUGUCUAAGGAUGUGAAGAAACCGGAGAUUCAGGCCAUGCUGUCAGCUAUAAAGAUCGAUGAGACACACUGUGGGGUAUGUGGAGUCUUCUAUGAAGAUAUUUUGGAAGAGCGCCUGAAGUUAGAAAGGUCAGUAGUCGUAGGUGAUGAAUCUGUGUUGAAUAAAUCAACUGUUGAGGGGGCAAGUAAGCAGCGCAGUUUGGAAACAGCACAAAAUCCCUGGGAAAAAGAGUUAGAUGUAAAGCCAAUCAGUGGUGAACAGAUGGAACACAUGAUGGCGGGAAUCCGUAAAGAACAUAUGAUACAGAAUACUCAUUCACAGAAGUGUCAAGAAUUCCAUUGGUUCAAGACAUACUAUAAUGAUGUUGUAGAACCACAGCUGAGGAAAUUCCGAGAAUUCGUAUAUGACUCUGGUUUUGGUCUGGAUAAACCGCAGUAUGUGGAGCAGCAUUACAAGCAACACAGAAUGGAGAUUGAGCGCAUGUUACGAUUGAUACCCCUGAUUGAAAGGGAGAUUCACAUGCAGAUUACAAGCCAUCUUUGGGCCGGGGCGGGUCGCGUUAGGCAAAAUCUGACGGAACUUAUAACAGACUUCCAGACAGUGGAGCCUUUUGUGAAAGAUGUUCAGGCUAAACUGAAACAGGAGGGAGAGUACCAUGCCUGCGAAGCAACUACUGGAUUGACCAGGCAAGGUCGUGUCAAGUCAGAAAAUGACGACGUAGAGGACAUAGAAGCUGUUGUGGAGGAGCCGUCUGUGCCCGUCUGGAAACAGGCCCGCAAGCAACGCAUGAGAAAAAAACAACGAUUCCAAAACCGAUAGUCCAUCGAACCAUCCAUAAUCUGGCCGAGAAACUGGAAUCACAUGACUAUUACUUAAUUCAAAGGCAAAAUUGUGAUCGAUGGAACAUUUUGCAUGUUUAAUUUCACAUCUUUUCUUUUAUUUACCUAUGGCGGAAUGUAUUUUAGCAUAAAAAUGUGUUGUCUCAUUUGAGCUUCAUGAAUGUAUGUUAUUUCCCUGACAUAUACUUUCACUAUUUCCUUUAACUUAACUUGACUAUGAAUAUAAUUGACUAGUCGCCUAGUUGUCAUUCAAAUUAGUUGACCAAUAAUAUGAUUAUAUUUUUUAAAUAAAAUAGAGCACAUGGUUGCAUUAUCUAACAAACUUCUGCCAUGUGAUAUCAACAAGUUGCAAUAAUCAACUUUGCGCCAAACAACCCUGAUAUAAAUAGUCAUGCUUAAGGAAUGAAAGUGUUACUAGUAAAAGAAAUCCCUGGAAAAAAACAAAAGGCACUUCUUGAGUUAAAGUAGGUUAUUAUGGCGUAGGGUGGUUGUAAUCCGAUUUUGCUUUGGCAACUGGUCAAUUACUUGGACUACUUCAAUCAACUGCUAAAUUAAUCAUUGUGUGUGUUCUGCAUAUUUUUCUUAUAAUGAGAUUUCAAUUUUAAAUUUUAUUGUUUGAAACAUUAUUUUUCAUUAAAUUGGUGUGUGGUU